AUGAAUGGUUUUCGUUAUCAAAAGUGGGAUCCAUUGUUGAUCAUUAGUCAGAUUAUUGCUGUACAAACAUUAUAUUAUUUGGGACUUGGAUUUUGGGUACUACUGAUAACAUUCGCUGUUGAUCGAGCACCUUCACUUGAUUAUCUAUUCUCUUAUGAAAUUUUUAACAUAUCUAAUUGGAGUAGUCGAUUAUUUACUGGUGUGUUUCUUCUAAAUGCUUUAACAAGUGCCUUAGCAAUUCUUUAUAUCGUUGGUCGAUAUAAACAAUGUUUAGAUUUUUCGGUAACGAUUCAUAUAUAUCAUUUAAUAGCUUGUUGGAUUUAUAAUUCUCAAUGUCCACGUAUAUUUUCUUGGUAUGUUACACAAUUUUUCUCCAUUAUUAUUAUGACAAUACUUUCUGAACAUCUAUCAAAAAAAUACGAACUUCGAACUAUACCUCUUGCAUCACGUGUUGAUCUUUAA